AUGCCUGUCCGCCGGGGCCACGUCGCGCCCCAAAACACUUACCUGGACACCAUCAUCCGCAAGUUCGAGGGCCAGAGUCGUAAGUUCCUGAUCGCCAAUGCUCAGAUGGAGAACUGCGCCAUCAUUUACUGCAACGAUGGCUUCUGUGAACUCUUCGGCUACUCCCGAGUGGAGGUGAUGCAGCGACCAUGCACCUGCGACUUUCUCACAGGUCCCAAUACCCCAAGCAGUGCUGUGUCCCGCCUGGCGCAGGCCCUGCUGGGGGCAGAGGAGUGCAAAGUGGAUAUCCUUUACUACCGCAAAGAUGCCUCCAGCUUCCGCUGCGUGGUGGAUGUGGUGCCUGUGAAGAAUGAGGACGGAGCUGUAAUCAUGUUCAUCCUCAACUUUGAGGACCUGGCCCAGCUCUUGGCCAAGAGCAGCAGCCGCAGCCUGACCCAGCGCCUGCUGUCCCACAGCUUCCUGGGUUCCGAGGGCUCUCAUGGCAGGCCAGGCGGACAGGGGCCUGGCCCUGGCAGGGGUAAGUACAGGACCGUCAGCCAGAUUCCGCAAUUCACGCUCAACUUCGUGGAGUUCAACCUGGAGAAGCAUCGCUCUGGCUCCACCACAGAAAUCGAGAUCAUUGCUCCUCAUAAAGUGGUAGAGCGGACGCAGAACGUCACUGAGAAGGUCACCCAGGUCCUGUCCCUGGGUGCAGACGUGCUGCCAGAGUACAAGCUGCAGGCACCUCGCAUCCACCGGGGGACCAUCCUGCACUACAGCCCCUUCAAGGCUGUGUGGGACUGGCUCAUCCUACUGCUGGUCAUCUACACAGCCGUCUUCACACCCUACUCAGCUGCCUUCCUGCUCAGUGACCAGGACGAGUCGCAGCGUGGUGCCUGCGGCUAUACCUGCAGUCCACUCACUGUAGUGGACCUCAUUGUGGACAUCAUGUUUGUUGUGGACAUUGUCAUCAACUUCCGCACCACUUAUGUCAACACCAACGACGAGGUGGUCAGCCACCCCCGCCGCAUUGCCAUUCACUACUUCAAGGGCUGGUUCCUCAUUGACAUGGUGGCUGCUAUCCCCUUCGACCUCCUUAUCUUCCGUACUGGCUCUGAUGAGACCACCACCCUGAUUGGAUUACUUAAGACAGCACGCCUGCUGCGGCUGGUGCGUGUGGCACGGAAGCUGGACCGCUACUCUGAGUAUGGGGCAGCGGUGCUCUUCCUGCUUAUGUGCACCUUUGCACUCAUCGCGCACUGGCUGGCCUGUAUCUGGUACGCCAUCGGCAAUGUGGAGCGACCCUACCUGGAGCCCAAGAUUGGCUGGCUGGACAGCCUGGGUGCACAACUUGGCAAGCACUAUAACGGCAGUGACCCAGCCUCGGGCCCUUCAGUGCAGGACAAGUAUGUCACAGCUCUGUACUUCACCUUCAGCAGCCUCACCAGCGUGGGCUUCGGCAAUGUGUCACCCAACACCAACUCUGAGAAGGUCUUCUCCAUCUGUGUCAUGCUUAUCGGCUCCCUCAUGUACGCCAGCAUCUUCGGCAAUGUGUCCGCCAUCAUCCAGCGUCUGUACUCGGGUACUGCGCGCUACCACACGCAGAUGCUGCGCGUGAAGGAGUUCAUCCGCUUCCACCAGGUGCCCAACCCGCUGCGGCAGCGCCUGGAAGAGUACUUCCAGCACGCCUGGUCCUACACCAACGGCAUCGACAUGAACGCGGUGCUGAAGGGCUUUCCGGAGUGCCUGCAGGCGGACAUCUGCCUGCACCUGCACCGUGCGCUGUUGCAGAACUGUCCCGCCUUCCACGGCGCCAGUGAUGGCUGCCUGCGUGCGCUGGCAGUCAAGUUCAAGACCACGCACGCGCCGCCCGGGGACACAUUGGUGCAUCUGGGCGACGUGCUCUCCACACUCUACUUUAUCUCCCGCGGCUCCAUAGAGAUCUUACGCGAUGAUGUGGUUGUGGCCAUUCUAGGGAAGAAUGACAUCUUUGGGGAGCCUGUCAGCCUCCAUGCACGGCCAGGCAAGUCCAGUGCAGAUGUGCGGGCCCUGACCUACUGCGACCUGCACAAGAUUCAACGAGCAGACCUGCUGGAGGUGUUGGACAUGUAUCCUUCCUUUGCGGGCAGCUUCUGGAGUAAGCUGGAGGUCACCUUCAACCUACGGGACGCAGAUGGGGGUCUUCAGUCAUCACCCCGACAGGCCCCAGGCAGCGAAAAUCACCAAGGCUUCUUCCUCAGUGACAGCCAGUCAGGUGCAGCCCCUUCCCUGAGCAUUUCAGAUGCAUCUGGCCUCUGGCCUGAGUUGCUGCAGCAGAUACCCCCAAACCCCCAAAACCUGCGGCGAGACCCAGAUUGCUGGCCCAGGGAUCUAAGCUGUAGAUUAGAGCAGCUCCAGGCCCAGAUGAACAGGCUGGAGUCCCGCAUGUCCUCAGACCUCAGCCGAAUCCUGCAACUGCUUCAGCAGCCUAUGCUGAAGGGCCACACCAGCUACAUUCUAGAAGCCCCUGCCUCUGGUGACCUGGCCUUGUUUCCUUCGGUCUCUGAAACUCGGAGUUCAGGGCCCAGACUGCUCCCGAGCCAUCUUCCCCCUGCCCAGACUGGAAACUAUGGUGGCUUGGAUAAGUGUGUACCGAAGCACAGGAAUUCCUCCCCUAGGAUGCCUCACCUGGCUAUGGCAAUGGACAAAAGUCUGACUCCAUCCUCAGAACAGGAGCAGCCUGAGAGGCUCCUGUCACCCCUAGCCUCAUCUCUCUGUCCCCUGGAGGUACAAGGACUCUUCUUUGGUCCCCGCUUCUCCUCCCUCCCUGAACACCUUGGCUCUGUUCCCAAGCACCUGGAGUUCCAGAGACAUGGCUCAGAUCCUGGCUUCACAAGGAGUUAG